AUGCAGCUGGUGGCGGCGCAGGUGGCGGCGGCGGCGGCGCAGGACAGCCGACCGGGCGGAUGGGUUGCCAAUGAUUUGGGGAUUUAUGUGGAAUCUUUGCAAUUAAAGAGCUUCCAUGGGAUUGCGAAAGUUUGUGGUAAAGUGCUUUGUGCAGCUGGUGUUACUUUACUAGCAUUAUACCAAGGAUCGGUGCUCAACUCAAUCGUCCAUCACCCUCUUUUUCAUCACGCAAGUCAAGUUGAUACUCAUCCCACAAGGAGCUGGAUAUUGGGAGUUCUUUUGCAGUCUCUUGCGACUAUAAUGUUUGCUCUUUGGACAGUGUUUCAGGGCCCUUUGCUGGAGGAGUAUCCAUCCAUGCUGCUUAACACGAGCCUUCAGAUUGUUUUUGCGACUGUUCAGUCUUUUUUUAUGGCUCUAGUGAUGGAGAGAGACUUUUCAAGAUGGAAGCUGAGAUUGGAUGUACAUCUUGUCGCGAUCAUCUAUUGUGACGUAUUUGUUUCCGCAUUAGUAAAUUACCUGCAAAUCUGGGUAAUUGACAGGCGUGGCCCAGUAUUCCUGGCCAUGUCAGUACCCCUAAAUUUGGUUAUGACGAUCAUUCUGUCACUUCUCAUAGGAGAAGCAGUCACCCUUGGAAGUGUAAUAAGUGGAGCGGUGAUGGUUGGUGGUCUGUACAAUGUUCUCUGGGGGAAGAGAAUAGAGCAACUGGCUGUGGGCCAGCAAGGAGGUAGUAGAGAAAAUGGAUCAUGCUUUGAUUCUGAGGAGCAAGAAAGCGGUGCGCCAGUUCCAGCAACGCGGGAUUCAAUCAAGCCAGUGCCAGUUUCGAAAGAGAGAACUGAUACAUCAAGCUGA